AUGGAAUUUUGUUGUCUUUUCCAUUGAUUUUAAUUAUAUAAUCUAUAUUUAUUAUAUAUGGAAGACACAUUAGAAACAGAUGAAUCGUAUAUUAGAAACCGUUUUAUUCAAAUCGCUCUUAUAAGUGUCUUAAAUGACUGUUUAGAGCAGUUUUAUAUAUUGAAAAGUUUAAAUUUACGUAACGCUUUAGUCUUCAAUGAAGACGCUAUUGAAUACAAAAGUAUUUCUGAGAGAUUUACAGGUGUAGAAAACCAUGAAGACACUCGAAUUCCUUGCGUUAAUGCCAAUUAUGAUAAAAUAACGGUAGACAUUAACAACUUAAUUAACAUAAUAAAAGAAACAUUCAGAGAGUUGGAUUUGAUCGGUACGUUCACAGUACUAGAAAAACGUACAGAUGCUAUUAAACGAAUGUGUCAAGACGAGAGAGCUUUAAUAAAACAAAAACAGUAUAACGAGAAAAAAAUCUUGGUAUUACAACAUAAACUUGAAGAAGAACGAAUAAAUAAUAUACGUACGAUCGAAGAAACCGACCAAAAAAUUGAAAAGUUGAGGCUGGAAGUGGAAAAUGCUAUCGUUUAUGGUCGUCUCGAAAGAUCGUAUUAUAAUAAAUGGGAACGAACAAGAAUUGAACAAAACAAUAUAACUUGUAAGAAUAACGAACAACGUUACGAUAACAUCAUCGACGAGACCAAAGACAAACUUGAUCUCGAGUUUAAAUGUCAUAGAGAAUUUUCGAAAUUUAUCGAAGAAGAUAAAAAUGAUUGUAUGGAUAAAAUUGCGUAUUGGGUGAAAAAAUACGAUGAAGAAAUCGACAAUAGAGAGACGGAGAUGAUCAAUAUGAAAGCGAUGCUCGAAGAAAUGAGUUUAACUCACGCCAGAGUGAUUGAGGAAAAUGAGAAAAGGAAGAAAGAAAUGGCUGAUUGGAUAGCGUAUAAAAAUAAUAAAAAAAGAGCAAAGGCGAGAGAGAAAGAUAUUAAAUGGGCUUCAUUAAUAAUACAGACAUGGUGGAGAGCAAUGAUGACUAGAAAAGGUAUAGGACCAUAUAAAACAAAAAGAAAAGUUAAAAAGUGAUGAAAAUAUGCAAG